CCACGAUACGAUACGAACGAAACUCGAAAGGGCUGUCGGACUGGGACGUUGCACGGCCAUAUUUGUUAUUGUACUUCAUAGGAAUUUAUUUGAAAUAUUUGAUUUCUGAAUAGGAAGUGUUACAGUUUUCCAAGUUUGUGAUGCAUUUUACUCUAUUACAUCACAAAUACAAAGAGUUUAAACAGCUACAUACAAACUUAAGUGUGUAAUAAGCAUGUCUGUUUAGUGAUAGUGGAUACCCCCAUAGUGGUUCGCUGAAGUGAUCCAGCGAAUUAAAUCUUAUAAAUUUCGAAUAUAUUCCGAUAAAGUGGCGGGGCCAUCAAAUAACAAUGGGAAGGCGGGACGAGCAGCUGUCCCGGUGGACGUGGGAUCACCCUUACUUGAUUGGGAAGAAGGAGACCACUUCAGUUUUGAAGAUUCGGAAAGAUUUGAAGAAGAUUCUUUGUGUAGUUGGAGUUCAGAACCUGAAAGCCUCUGUAAUAACUGGCGAGGUUGGAGAAGACCCAAUUUACCAAAUUCCUUUGCGCCUCGUCCGACGAAAAAAAGCACCCAAGAAAAAUCAGUAUCAACACUAAGUGAGUUAGCAGCGAAAUGUGUAGCUAGCCACAUACCAUUCGAACUGGUUGAACAUGUGUAUCCACCUGUGCCAGAGCAACUUCAGUUACAAAUUGCCUUCUGGAGUUUCCCUGAUAGUGAAGAUGACAUACGAUUAUAUUCAUGCCUUGCUAAUGGAUCUGCAGAUGAAUUUCAAAGAGGAGAACACUUAUUCAGAGACAAAGCUGUUAAAGAUGUUUUACAGAUUGGAUUCCAUUUAUCAGCGACUGUUACACUUACAAUGGCAAGAACACAAUUUAAUGUAGCAGUAACAUUUGACAGACAAAAGAUAUCAUCAUGUAACUGUACUUGUUCAUCGUCAGCACAUUGGUGUUCGCAUAUUGUUGCUGUUUGCCUGUUUAGAAUACAUUUGCCAACACAAGUAUGUCUCAGGGCACCAGUAUCAGAGUCUCUACAGAGAUUGCGGAGAGACCAAUUGCAGAAGUUUGCUCAGUACCUCAUAUCGGAGUUGCCUCGCCAGAUAUUACCAACAGCUCAAAAGAUAUUGGAUGAAUUAUUAUCAGCACAACCAAACCAAAUAAACACAACGUGUGGCGCGCCAGACCCCACGGCCGGAGCCUCAGCCUAUGAAUAUACAUCGUGGUUCCUGGAUGAAAAGACUUUACAUAAUAAUAUUAAUAAAAUAUUAGUCAAAUUCUGUGUACCAACGCCUAUCGUGUUUAGUGACGUAAAUUAUCUAAGUACAAGCGCACCGCCGGCGGCGGCCGAGUGGUCGUCGCUGCUGCGGCCGCUGCGGGGUCGCGAGCCGGAGGGCAUGUGGAACCUGCUUUCCAUCGUGCGGGAGAUGUUCAAGCGCAGCGACCGUAACGCCAUACCCUUGCUGGAGAUAAUCACGGAGGAGGUCAUGGCUUGUGAACAGAUAAUAGUGUGGUGGUACAGCACGAAGGCGGCGCUGGUGGCGUGGGGCGGCGGCACGGGCGGCAAGCACGGCGGCAGCGGCGGCAACUCCGCCGCGCAGCAUGCCUGCUCCUCGCUCUGCGAUGAAGUGGUUGUCCUGUGGCGUCUCGCUGCUUUGAAUCCUGGUUUGGCGCCGCACGAGAGAGAUACACUACAUGAACAGUUCACUCAAUGGCAUAUGAAGGUUUUGGAUAAGGUUGCAAAGAAUCGAAACAAUCACAUCAACUCGUCUCACCCCCGCCACGGGCGCACCCACUCGCACCCGCCAUUUAUCAACGGCAUUAGCGAGAACGAAGUGUUCCCAGGUUUCAACCCAGCCAUGGAGGCUUGUUUUCUUGAGUGGGAUGACUACCAGAUCGCCGGCGUUACUUAUACAAAGGAUUUGAAUCCGUUGUACCAUAGUCCGUUCACUAUAUUCAGACAUUCUGAUAAGCAAAUCGAUAGUGUACACCAGGUUAAUUCAUCAAAAGCUGUACUUAAUAAUGAGAUGUCACUUAGUUAUCGACUGACUAACCCAGAUUCGUCGAUGCAAGGUCAUCGUACACUAGUCAAUAGAACUAGUCGCAUCAAUGUAGAUCUGGCAAUAGCUGGACCCUCUAAUGAGGCUUGUGGACCGGGAGAUGGUGUUGGUGAGCCAGUUCGUGAUGCAGGCCCGAGUGAUGGAAACCAUUCUAGCGUCUCUUCUGAAGGUUUCUGCGAGAACGAGGAGGAGAUGCAGGUGAGCGGCGCGGACGGCGGCGACACGGACUCGCAGGACUCCACCUCGCCGCAGGGCUCGUCGGACGACGCGCGCCAGCCGCGGGACGACUCCGUGUCGGACGACGAGUGCCACCUGUACUACUACGACGCGAACGCUGCCAGGCGGAUCGCGGACGGAGGCGUGGCUCUGAUGAACGGGCAAGGGGGCUCGGGUCUAGGCGCGGGCGGCAGCGGCGCGAGCUGGGAGUGCGGCUGGGAGGUACAGUUCGCGCGCGCGGAGGGGCUGCACGCGCACGGGCACGCGCGGGAUGCGUGCGCGCUCGGAGCCAGCCUCGCGAGGGACCUGCUUGCGAGACCGCCUGCGUUGUUAGGUAACGAAUCAGUUAUUUGUGCCACUGUUUUUAUGAUGAUAGACUGUGAUUCAAAUCAGGAUAAUAAGAUAAACUGA